GCAUUUCGCCUCGGCACGGCCGGUGUGCUAACUCUUAGAGUCUAGACCAAGGUUUUGGGUUUAUCUGCCGCACUUUCGGUAUCGAUUCCGUAAGGGCAGUUUUAGAAUGCAUGCCUCUGGCCUUCAGAAGCUGCCUAGCACCACUUCACGAGCUUUUUUGGCUCCCCUUUUGCGGCUUACGCCCAAUCCAAUCCAAGACAGUUCACAGUCUUUUUCAGUGCUGCACCCCCCUAGAAGCGGCCCUAGAGGGUAAGGUAGUGGAGGUCUCCACUGUGAAAUAUGAUCCUGGCGCUGCUGGGUUGGCCCCGAGAACCAGGACACAGGUGCCCUAUGGUUUGAUUUGGUGUGCCUCAGCGAAGGCCUGCCAUUCCAAAUCAGUUGGUUUUUGCUCAUGGAUUCUUUGAGUCAUUCUGCUUCUGCCUCUGCCUUACCCUCAAGUUUGAGGUCGUUUAACCUUUUACUUGACCUUACCUUACUCGUAUAGGUAGGUACAAUAUUCUACUGUAGCCUCGCCACACCAUACCUUAGAUAGAUACGGAGUGCCUUAGUUAGUUGCU